AUGACAGUGACGAUUGCCUUUAUGAUUUGUGGUGCCAACUCAGACCUCUUCGGCCGUCGUUGGUUCAUCGUGGGCGGCAACGUACUGCUCUUCAUAGGUUUUAUUGUUGGAGGUACCGCAAAGAACACGACGUCUCUCAUCGUAUCAUGUGCUCUGAUAGGGUUUGGUGCAGGCAAUGCCCAGCUUGCCGCUUUUGCGCUGCCAGAGUUGUUACCGAACAAAUGGCGUCACUCCGCCAUUGUUUUGGCCGAUAUUGGAGUCUACUUCGCAGUUGUUGUUGGUCCCGUCGCUGGACGCUUCGCCAUCGAGGAAGGCGAGGCUUGGAGAUGGCUAUUUUAUGCACCCGCCAUUGCGGUCGUCUUCUCCUUCGCUGGACUCUACUUCUACUACUUCCCGCCACGACAUCCACGCGGCUUGCCCUUCUCUCAGGCUCUUCGCGAGCUUGACUACGUCGGUGCUUUUCUCUUCAUCGUUGCAACCACGCUCAUCUUGACGGGCAUUGUUUACACAACAACGCUGCCCUCAAAUAAUCCCCGUGUCAUUGGUACCCUUGUCUCUGGAUUUGUUCUGAUGACACUGUUCGGGCUUUGGGAAACCUUUGCCCCCCUAAAGCAGCCCCUGACACCAACCCGCAUCUUUACCCGUGACAAGGGCCGCCGACUAACUGCCCCUUUCGUCGCUGGCUUUGUCGUCACAAUGUUCUACUACGCCCUCAACGUCAUCUGGCCGACCAUGAUCGCCGUAUUCUUCACAAACGAGACGACCGAUUUCCGCUACGCCAUCGUUCUCACCCUGCCCCAGAAUCUCGGUCUCACUUUUGGCGCCGUACUUCUAACCCUCCUUGGUUCUAAGAUAGGCCACUGGCGCUGGACAUUGACUGGCAGCGUGACUGUCAUGGUCGUCUUCGGCGCCCUUCUCGCUCUCGGCACUCCGGACCGCAAAGGCCUCAUGAUUGCCAUGAUCUUCCUCUCCGAGGUCGGCUUUGGCUGGGCUCAGUAUCUUAGCAUUGCCUUCAUUCAGUUCGGCACAGACCAAGUAGAGCUCGGUAUAUCAGGUGGCCUCGCCGGCGUGGCCCGUUUUGCGGGCGGCUCUGUCGCUAUCUCGGUGUAUACGACCAUAUUGACCAACGUCCAGAGCACAGAGGCCGCGCGCAUUGUGCCUGCAGCUGCUACAGCAGCGGGCCUGCCAGAGUCGUCAGUCGCUGCUCUCAUGGCGGCUUUGCCGCUCGGGUCUGCAGCUCUGGCACAGGUGCCAGGGAUCUCGCCUGAUAUCAUGGUAGCGGCAGGCGCGGCGUUUCAGCAAAGCUACGUUGUUGGUCUGCGGACGACAGCUUUAUCUUCUCUUUCUUUCGGCGUUAUCGGAAUCAUCGCUUGUCUCUGCUGCCAGGACAUCGGCCCAAGGAUGAACGAUAAGAUCGAGAUUUUCCUCGAGAAUGACGAAAAUGCCGACAAAAAUAAGUAUCACUAG